AUGCCUAAACGAACUCGCGCUGAGCCCGCCGAAACAUACGAUUCUGAUGGUGGUUUCGUAUCUGACGAUGAUAGUGCUGUUCGCAAAACCAAGAAAUCCAAAACAACCACCACUACCAAACCCUCCACCUCCUCAUCAACCUCUACCCCCUCAUGGGAUCUCUCUACCGGUCGCACCCCUCGCAAAAUCGAGCUCUCAGAAUUCAAAGGUCAAACCCUAGUCAACAUCCGCGAAUUUUACGAGAAAGAUGGGAAAACCUUACCUGGAAAGAAGGGCAUCUCACUAACCAUCGACCAAUACAAAAACCUACUCCAAUUCAUCCCCCAAAUCAACGCCAAUCUCAAGAAAAAAGGCAUUGACAUUAGCCCAGAGGAGGAGGAAGAGGAGGAAGCAGUCGAGGAAAAGAAAGAGUUAGAGUUAGACGACGAUGACGAAGAGGAAGAAGAAGAGGCCGUAGAAAUAGACUCAGAAUCCAACACAACACCCAAGAACAAAAACAAGAGUAAAAAAGUCAAGCCAGCAGCGCAGAAAGGCAAGAAGGGCAAAAAACAAAACAUUGAAGCUACGAGUGAUGAAGAAGAUUAA